AUGGCAGCCGUAACUGAGCAAUUUACACAGCACCUGAGCGCAGCCUACAAAUACGGCGGUGAAUCACUGUGGGAGUUCGCAUACAAGGAGCUUGACGAAGCGGGAGCAUUAUGCGACGAUGCCUCGCUAUCCGACGAUGAGCGGCAGUCCUGCCACAGGCGGUUCCUGCUUCAAAAAGGCGCCAUCGAGCGCAGGCAGGGCGACUUCGCAGAAGCAAUAAGAACGCUAGAGCACGCCAUCAGCGAGUAUGGCACCUACGAUCUGGAGCACGCGCGGAUGCUCGGUGAACUUGGCACUGCCUUCCAGCGACAGGAUUCAUUCGAGCGUGCAGACGAGCUGUAUGCCGAACAGCAUGCACUCGCGAUCAAACUGGCCGCUGAAGCGAAGGACCAGCGGUCUGUUUGGCGUGCCGAAGCUCUUGCCGCAAGAGCAAUCGGCUAUCGUGGCAUCAUGGCUUACAUGUUGAACGUCCCAGAUCUUGAAGACAAUGGUCGGACGAACCACGAAGGCCUGAGCGAUGCGAUCAACAAGAGCAUGCAGCGCGUGGCGAGUACGCGAACGCUGUUGCGGGCUAUCGCCAACGAAGAUGCUGCGUUCCAGCAUGAAGUCAAAGCGACGACUUGCAUCUGCGUUGCAUUGGAUCGUCUCUCGCUUUGCUAUGGAGCUUCUGGCAACACAGCAGAGGCUGUCAAAUGGGCACGGGAAACUGUGGCGGAGGGCAAAGCCUUUGAUCCCACCAUACAGGCUUUCGGCAGAUUUUUUCUUGGUCUGGCCCUGCAGCGAAACGGGGAUCUGGAGGAAGCCAUGCAGCAAUGGACUAGGCAUGGAAAGGGUGAUCUCGAGACAGCCGCCAUUGCUUUGUGCCGUCAGCCUUCUAGCGAAACGUUGGGUUAUAUGAAACAGCUUGUGAAGUACCAAGUCCCAUUGGAUCAUUACAACGAACAAGGGUACAGUCCUCUAGACUACGCCAUCAUGGGCGGUAGCGAGACCAUGGGAGCGCUCGUUAUGCAAGGUCUUCGUCAGGAGUAUCUGAGGAAUGGGUUCACACCAGACGAGACGGAGGUUCUGAUUGAGAUGCGCAAAACUGAGGCCGAUCGCAGGAAGGAGUAUCGAUCGAUAUUUCAAAAAUCUUUCCGUCCGUUGCUCAGAACCAGUGCUGCCGAGACAGCAAAGAGCUCUUCGGACGAUCAAGAGGUCUCUAGUCGAGCUGAGCAGUGCAUAAUCCGUCUGCGGCAAGAGUAUUCCAGGCUACUCGUUGAGCAAGAGAUCACGCGAUCGAUAUUUGACGACUUCAAGUACAUCGAGCUAUCCGACUUUCGGUCACUGACUAGGCUGCCGCAGCCUGGCAGCUUGGAGGACAUGAACACAAUGGCAGAAUCUGUCCAGCAGUUUGGAAACAUUCUUGAAAAGCAGCGGAACGGAAGCCCAUUCGUAGUUUUCCUAUCAUACCGAUGGCUAGGCAAUGGAAAGCCGGAUGAUGAUCAAGGAACUCAGCUCGCUCGGAUGAACGCAGCCUUGAGCCAAUUUCUGGCAACCCAUCCCUGGCUGAGCGAAGACCGAGUGGCUGUCUGGCUAGACGUCGGCUGCAUACACCAACUCGACCCAGACAUCAGAUAA